AAAAAAAACAAAAAACUUACUAAAGAGAAGAAUUGAAGAAAGAGUUCUUGAUUUGGGCCAUGGUUUGCGUUUCAGAAUCCUCAGAUUCUUCCAAGCAUAACCGUUCCAAUGGCUUCUUUGUAGCAAUAACUGCCGUCUUUUCUCUCCUCGCGAAACGUGCCAGCCGCCUCAAGUCCAAACCGAAAUUUGCCGCGGCCAAAACCGUGACGGACGGAGGUUUUGACGACGAUGAUUGGAAAAUUGAGUUGAGGACGCCGCCGCCAAAAUCUCCGUUGGCAGGGCCAAAGAAGCUGCUCAACAAUAUAAGCAGCAAGGCGUUGCUGUCGUUCGGCCAUCACAACCAGAAGAAAAAGGAAGGUGGUUGUAGUGCCGGGGCGGAGGAUGGUUGGGGCGACGGCGGAGUGUGGCAGAAGGAGAUACUGAUGGGAGGGAAGUGUGAGCCGUUGGAUUUUUCCGGCGUUAUAUAUUACGAUAUCAACGGAAAGCAGGUGAGUGAGGUUCCUCUUAGGUCCCCACGCGCCAGUCCCUUGCCUGGGUAUCUCACGCGCCCUAGACAAGAAGCUCACUGAGAAAAAGAAAAGAAAAAUAGAAAAUGACAUGUAUUAUUACUAUUAUGAUUCAUUUCAGUUAUUAGAUUAAUAAUCAUUAGCCUAAACGGAUAUGCUUUGGAAAAACGCUUCUUUAGAUUUUCUUUUCUUUAGUUUGAUUUAUUAGUAUACUUUUAGUGUUGUUGGAGACUUGGUUUUUCACGUAUAGAGUUUGUGAUGAUGAAAUUCAAAAUUGUGAGACGUGUAUGUGUUCUAGUUUUCAAGUGUGAAUUUGAGUGAGUUUGAGGAA